UCAUCAUCAUCAUCAUCAUCAUCGAUCACAUUAGCCUACAUUGCUCGAUCAGUUACGUACCCUUUUGCGUUGGCAAUGGAGAGCGUGACGAGAAUGACGUCGGAGAGGCCGGUGGUGAUAUUCAGCAAGAGCUCCUGCUGCAUGUGCCACACCAUCAAGACCCUUUUCAAAGAGCUCGGGGUGAACACGGCCGUGUACGAGCUGGACGAGAUUCCGAGAGGGAGGGACAUCGAGCAGGCUCUUGCAAGGCUUGGACGGAGCCCGAGUGUGCCGGCGGUUUUCAUCGGCGGUGAACUGGUGGGUGGAAGCAACGAGGUCAUGAGCCUUCACCUGAACCGCUCCUUGGUUCCAAUGCUUAAACGCGUUGGAGCACUUUGGCUUUGAUCAUUAAUCUAAUUAAUUAAUAUAUAUAAUAUAAAUAAAUGUUUUAAUCAACGUAAUUAAGAUGAGUAUUAACCUAUCUCCUAUAGAGCUUAUUAUAUUAAUCACAACAGUCCUAUCAACUCUACUACGAGUACGUACCUACGUACGUGUACUUUAGUCUAAAGGCUUUUUGUAUACGUAUGUGUAAUGUUUUGCUUUUUUGUUUUUAAUAAAGUUGCAAUUAUUUGCAUCCUA